AAAGUUUUCUUUCCGGGUCCACCACUGUAACUUCCGUGUUGUUAGUACGACAGGCGACUACAAGGCCCAGUCCAUUACCGGUGAAGUAUUCAAUAAAUAAAGAAACCAGAAGGAUUAAUAUAACACGCAGACGUCUCUCUAAUCCAGUCGUCAGAUAUUGUGAUCACGCUGGUUACACUGGAUGGGCCAGCUGUUAACAGUCGGGGCCAGCUGUUAACAUCCUUUGGGCCUGUACGUGUAACAUCGGUCCACCAUGGCCAGUAACUUCCGCAGCUACAUCUGGGAUCCGGUCCUCAUUGUUAGUCAGAUUGUGUUGAUGCAGUGCAUCUACUACAGCUUCUUGGGCCUGUGGAUGGCUGGAGUGGACAGUCUGGUGCAAACUAGUCGUUCACUAGACCAGAUCUUCAGCUAUGAAGUCCUUGGUUUUGCAACAGUGCAGGGCCGGCUCUCAAUGAUGGCAUUCAUCUUGAACUCUCUUACCUGCGCCCUGGGCCUGUGGUUCUUCAUCCGUCGUGGGAAACAGUGCCUUGACUUUACAGUCACCGUGCACUUCUUCCAUAUGAUUGGCUGCUGGAUCUAUAACGCCCAUUUUCCAGGCGCCCUGUCCUGGUGGCUCGUCAAUGUGGCCUGCAUGGCACUGAUGGCUGUGAUUGGAGAGUACUUGUGCAUGCGGAGUGAGCUCAGGGCUAUUCCAGUCAACAGUGGACCCAAAUCUAACCUGUGAAUUUUAAUGACUCCACACUGAAAGUCUAAUGACUCCACACUGAAAGUCUGUGGACGGUUAACCCGCGAGGACCUGGCACAGAGGAGGUUUUUCACUACUUGCAGAAGAAAUACAGGAUGAACCUUCAUCAGCCUGGAUGUUGGCUAAUCAUCCAUCUCCUCUUCAAGUGAUACACCAGAUGGACUGAUCUAUUUAUUCAUAGCUGUCCGAUAAAUGUUGGAUGGUAUUAACUCUGUAGCAUAAGAUAUAUGUUUUAAUGCUUACAAAAGCAGGCAACGGUUUACACAUUUCUCUGAAACUAAUGACUAUAGAUGAGAUUUUCUUUUCUUUGUAAUUACAUUUUUUUCUGUACAUUUUAAGUACAUAAGCAUUCCCUCAUUUUUAGAUUGAAAAUAUUUCUUCUUUGUUUCUGUUAUGUACACAUCUGCACAAACAGGAAAAGACCCAGUGAAACUUCAAAGCAAAUACAAAGCAGAUGAAGGUCAACAACAGGCAUUUCUCUUCACUCUUUGUGGUUUUGAUUUAAGUGCAAGUUGGCUUGAUUGGGGAAAAAAAAGGUUACAGGAUCAUUUGUUUUUUAAAGUUCACUGGAAUUAAUUUAAGUCAACCAUCCCCUCUCUUGUUUUCUGAUAUAUGGUAAUCAAUAAUUAUGUAAACCCAAAUGUUGGAGAGACUUUUCAUGCUUUAUUAUCUCAUCACAUAAUUUGAUCUAAAGUAUAAAAUCUGGCUUAUUUUAACAUUUCUGGGUGAAUUUUGUACAUUCAGUCUUACAAUGCUUGUUUUAAGCCGUUCUUGUCAAGCUUAUACAGCAUCACUCAGCCUGGGUUGUUUGUUUCUGUCUCUUUAUGUCAUGAUGUAUUAUGCAGACGCUGUGGCCACAUUAGGGACAGUUUUUGUCAGCUACCAGCUGUAUUCUGACAGCAGGAUGCGUCUCUGAGAACACUUUCGCUGUUUGUGGGGAUGUGAUGUAGUGAAAUGUGCAGCACUGAUGGUUUCUGGAACAAUUCCAGCUCAUUUUAAAACCUUGUCUAAAUUAACUGCUAAUUAUUAUUUGAAUAGUACAGGUUCUGCAACACAUACACCUAUAUACUUUUAUCCCGUGUGGUGAUUGUCAGCUUUAAUAGUGUGGACUAUGCAGUGUCUUGUUUUGAAAUCAGGUCACUAAAGUUCAGUAUAAGUACAUCAUAUCAUUGAAUCGCAGGAGUUCAUAUUAAAAAGUUGCACAAUA